AUGGUAUAUAUCACAAGAGAGCUUUUUGGCUCCGAUCCUGCAUACCAACGCUCGGCGUCGCCUUUGUGUACCAUUAUGAAAGAUACCGAACAUGCUGCGGCGGGCUUGGGAAAGAGGAAAAGGCGUAUAGAUGAUGAAUCUCUCUCAAGGGAUAUACAGUACGAAUCAAUCGAUCACACCCCAUUUAUUCUUAAUACUUAUACAAGUCGCAGCAGCUGUUCCCCGCAUCCUUCUCCGUCACACAAAAGCCCCGUGAAAGACUACCACCAGGGGUUCAAUCCCGUAUCAACACCCACAUACGUCGAUGCCGAACGGCGGCCUGUCAAACAAACGCGGAGAUCGAUCCCAAAGCUUGCGAAGGAGCCGUCCUACUUGAUGGACGUUGAACAACACCAUACAUCGAACCUACUCCACACGAACGCCCCCAGGGUCAACACCAAUUUCGACCUUAGACCUUGCCACUCGUGCUGCUCCGCUCCGAAACGAAAGCAAGAUCUGGAGAAUUACAUGGAAUGCAAACAUUGUGAUGGACGCACAUGCUUCAUCUGCGCAAGGGAAUGCAUUUCAUGCAAGAAAGCCAUAUGCAACAGGUGUAUUGUUGAAGUUGGCGAAGAGGGUGAUUCGUGGUGCUUGGAGUGCCAUCAACGGCAGAUAAAUUCAUGA